AUGUUUUCUUUUCAUUUGAUUCUCCUCACAAUUCUUUCUUUCUUUCUUUCUUUCUUUCUUUCUUUCUUUUUCUUUUCUACUAGCUUAACGCUCUCAGUUAAAGCUUAUCUAUCUAUCUAUCUAUCUAUCUAUCUAUCUAUCUAUCUAUCUAUCUAUCUAUCUAUCCCACACAUUUUUCACAGUUUUUCUACUUUAUUAAUAUUUUCUGUUCCUUCUUUUUUCUGUUUUCUGUAUUUUUCAUGUGCCAUCUUCCAUCUUUUCUUCAUUUUUAUUUGCUAUCCUUUUUCUUUUUUAUUAUUAGAUUUUGAUUUUAAACCGACUCUACAUUCAUUCUUUAAUUUUCUUUCUCUUUUUUUAUCUUUUUCAAAACUUUCUUUCUUUCAUUUACCCGAAUCUUUUUCUUUUCGUCUUUCCUACCCGACCCACUCUCUCUUCUCACUCUUUUCGCACAUUUCUCUUUCCCUUUCGAAAAAAAAGUCCAUUAUAUCACUUAAUUCUUUGUUACUGAUGCGAAAUAUUUCCUUUGAAACCUGCAUAGGGCCAAAAACAGUAAUAUCCGCUCAUAUGAAGUACUACAAGCAUCUAUUGUCUGACAGGAGCAUUGGUUGGACCAACCAACAAGAUGAUAUUGACAUUCUUUCUUUCUUUCUUUCUUUCUUUCUUUCUUUCUUUCUUUCUUUCUUUCUUUCUUUCUUUCUUUCUUUCGUUCGUUCUUUCUUUCUUUCUUUCUUUCUUUCUUUCUUUUAA